CAUUCAUUCUUGCAGUUAGUCACCUUAACAAAAGUCCACCACAUUCAUAUUCUUUGUGCGUUAUCACAUUGUUCUUCUUCUAUGAAAAUUGUAUCAAUCUGAACUCUGAACAAAGAUAAAGAAAGAUACAAUACAAUACAAUAGAUUAGAAGCCAUAUUAUUCAGCUUUCCAGUUUCAACUUUGAAGGAUGGGUAGAGCCUUACUCUCUUCUUUGCUUCAUGAUUUGAUGGACAACCUUCUCUACCUCACCUCUCAAACCAAACAUUUCAUGAUGAAGCCACACAAAUACCAGCGCAAGCUCAUGGAUAAAUUGCUGAUCCUUGAUGCUCUUGUGGAUGAUGCCGAACAGAAGCAGUUCACAGAAGGAAGCAAUGCACAAGCAGUGAAAGGUUGGUUAAAUGAACUACUACAUGCUUCAUACCAAUUGGAGGAGCUUCUGAUGCAGAUCAUGGCCACCAUUAAGUCUCCGCAUUCGCAGGGCCAGCAAUUCUUCAAAGUCAUCACAACAACAAAGAAGCCGGACAAGUAUAUCAAGGCUCGAAUCAGCGAAUCUCUUGAGAACUUAGAAUCUCUGGUGAAAAAGAAAGAUGUUCUUGGAUUAACUGAGCAUGCUACUUGGAGGGAAUCGUUGCAAGGAUUGCCUUCGUCUUCUGAUGUGUUGGAUAAUUAUUUCUAUGGAAACUAUCCAAAAGAUUACUUCUAUGGAAGAGAGGAAGAGGAGAAAUCUAUAUUGGAAAACUUGUUAUCAGCUAGUGAAAGUGAUGAACACAUCAAGGUGAUUAACAUUGUGGGAAAAUCCGGGGAAGGAAAAACUGCUUUGGCUGAUGUUGUUUACUUCAACCACAAGGUAAGGGAGUCUUUUGAACUUAGAGCUUGGAUCACUGUUCCUUACAAGGCCACUGCUACCUUCAUUGCAAAGAAGAUUCUCCAGGCAGUUACCGAGGAGUUUGUUGCCGGAGAAGACUUCGAUAUAUUGUGGAAGAGAUUGCAAGAAAGCCUCGAUGGGAAGAAGUUUCUGUUGGUGUUGGAUGAUAUCAGGAUUGAGGAUGAAUUACACAAAUGGAGCAAGCUGAUUGCUUCCCUUGAAUCUUCUGCAGCAAAAGGUAGUUCCAUAAUCCUAACAUCAAGUCCUCAUGAUGAUCCAAAGCUACUGAUGUUACCUGCAAAUCAUGAUGUGCAUGUGAGUUUGCUUUCAAUAGACAAUUGUUGGUCAAUCUUUUUGGUGCAUGCUUUUGGGCAAAUAGACCUUCAUCAACACCCGGAACUAGCCGCAGUUGGCAAAGAAAUCGUCAACAAACUGGGAAACCUUCCCUUGGCUGCAAAAAUGAUAGGGAGUCUCUUACAAGAUAAGUUGCAUAUCAAUCAAUGGGUUCAGAUAUUGAGGAGCGAAUUGCUGGAUGCAGGUGAUGUGGAUCUACCCAUCCCUUCAUUUCUAGUACUAUGCUAUCUCGAUCUCACUGCGCAGCUUAAGCGAUGCUUUGCUUAUUUGUCAUUGUUUCCAAAGGGCUACGAGUUCAAGCAGAAGGAGGUGAUCCUCUUAUGGAUGGCCCAAGGCUUUCUGAAUGACUCUGACUCUAAAUCCAAUGGAAAAAGCAUGGAAGACAUUGGUGAUGAGUACUUUGGUUAUCUAAUCAUGAGGUCAUUCUUGCAACCCUUUGGCUCUGGUGUUAGUUUCAUAAUGCAUAAUCUGGUUCAUGACUUGGCAAGCUAUGCAUUUGGAGAAUCAUAUAAGCACCAUUUGUCCUAUUCAAGAAGCACAGAGGAUUUUCCAGAAUUAUCCUUUUACAAACAUGGAGAAUUGUCAAGAACCAUUCUACCUAUAUACUUGCCACUUGAAGGGGCUCCUAGGUGGUUCGACUCGUCGCUGCUUGAGCAAAUAAUUGUGAAGGUGAAUCCACAUGUCUUCCGGGUCUUAUCCUUAUCACACUAUGAUAUCACUCACUUGCCUGCUUCAAUUGGAAGACUAAGUUGUCUUAGUUACCUUGAUCUCUCUCACACUGCAUUGCAGACACUGCCAGAUUCCAUUUGUGAUCUGCUUAGUUUGCAAACACUUAGGUUGACAAACUGCACUUCUCUCACAAGUCUCCCCAAAAGGAUAUGCAAUUUGGUAAAUUUGCGUUACCUUGAUGUUAGAGAUAGCGGUCUGCAGGAGAUGCCGUUGGAAAUGCAUAAAUUGACAAGUCUCCGGGCAUUGACAGACUUUAUUGUUUCCAAAUAUGUUCCAAGGUUUGGAGAUUUAGCAGGGCUGUACAAUCUCAAAACAUUGACCAUUUCAAAGUUGGAAAAUGUGGUCUAUGCUAAGAAUGCAUCAGAUGCCAAACUAAAAGAGAAAAAGAGCCUUCAUGAACUUAUGCUUCAAUGGAGCAAUGGCAAACAUAGCAAUGGGAAUGAAAUGGAAGUGCUUGAGAGUCUAGAACCACACAAAGACUUAAAGAGGCUAACAGUUGAGUACUACAAUGGUGCAAGUUUCCCAAAUUGGUUAGGAGAUAAAUCUUACUGGGAUUUACAGCUGGUAGAUCUCCGCCACUGCGAAAAUUGCAAUUCAUUGCCAACAUUGGGGAUGCUGCCAUUUCUUAAAGACCUCUUCAUUGAAGGGUUCACUCAAGUAAGUUCCAUAGGUGCUGAGUUUUAUGGGGUGGCGACUGCUUCACAAAAGCCAUUUCAAUCUUUAGAGAGAUUACAAUUUCAGGAUAUGCUGGAAUGGAAGCAAUGGAGCAUAUUAGAAGGCAUUGAAUUCCCUUGUCUUGUUGAGCUAUAUAUAAAAAGGUGUCCUAAACUAGUGCGAGAUUUGCCAAAGCAGGUUCUUUCUUUGGAAAAGUUGGAGAUUUUUGGAUGCUAUGCCCUUGAAGCUCCACUUCCCAAAGUCUCUGAUACAUGUCAAGUGUUUGUGCAUGACAGCAAUGACAUUGUUAUGAGAAAUAUAGCUAAAACCCACUCGCAACCAUCCUUGCGCCGGGUCAAAAUUUCAGAAGAAGUGCAUGAGAUCACAAUGCAAUCCUUCUCUGGUUUUCCAAGCACUAAGUACACUGUUGGUUCUUCUUUAGGUGAGAUUGAAGAAAUUGCUCAUGAAGAAAGGAUGGAGAGUGAAUCCACAAGAAGCAGAUGGCCACUUGAUUCUUCAUCUUCAGAUACAUUAAGGAUACCGAAACUAAAGGAAACUUCCCCUAGAAUUAUCAGUCACCAAGUUGAAGCGAAAAUUCCCAACAUCAAACAGCAAAAAGAUCCACAAUCUUCAGAUACUAAAUUUGAUACUCCAAUCACCACACAAGCAGCUAUCAAGGUAGAAACUUCAUCAUCAAAAGAAGACUUAGAUGAUCAAAGAUCAUCCUUUGAAAUGCUAAAGAUUUCAACUGUGUCGCAAUUGAAGUCAUUGCCAACCAAACUGCACAGCCUAAAAGUUGAAGGGUGUGAGUCCUUAGAGGCCCUUCCAAAUGACUUAUUGGAAGGGAUAACUACUCUUGAAGACUUGUAUCUGAUUAGUUGCUCUUCUCUUAGAUCCCUCCCUUCCCUUGGUUCUGUCACAACACUUUAUAUACGAAACUGCAGAAGAUUGGAGAAUCUGCCAUCUUUAGAAUCAAGAAAGCAGCUUGCCUGUCUCCACCACUUGUUCAUAGGGAGUAGCUGUGAUUCUCUCACUUCUUUGACCUUAGAUUUGUUCCCUAAACUCAAAAUUCUCUGUAUAUGGGAUUGUCCCAACCUGCAAUCAUUUAAUGUUACUAAGGAGUAUAAGGGUGAUCUUCCAUCACUUGAGUCUUUAGAGAUUAGAGAUUGUCCAAGACUGAUGUCUUUUCCAGAGGGAGGAAUACAUGCUCCAAAUCUAGAAUCCAUAUUCCUUUCCAAUUGCAAGAAUCUGAACAAUUUGCCAGAUGCUAUGAACUCUCUGACAUCCAUCAAGACAUUAUUUCUACAUAAAUGUCCAGAGAUUGAAUCUUUUCCAUAUGGGGGCUUGCCUUCAAGUUUAAUUUUACUCUCCAUAGCUUAUUGUGACAAACUUACACCACAAAAGAAUUGGAGAUUGGAUACUCUUGAGUCUCUCAACCGUUUGGAGCUUGAAGGUGGAUGCAUGGGCAUGGAUUCAUUUCCAGAGGACAUGAUACUUCCUCCCAAUAUAAACUCACUUUGCAUAAGCACACUGAAGAGUCUCAAGAAGCUAAACUACAGCGGGUUCCAACAUCUGGAUGCUCUUCAAACACUUGAAAUUCAUUGCUGUGGCAUGCUUUGUUCCUUGCCUGAUCAAGGCCUUCCUUCCUCCUUAAAUCAACUCUGUGUCCAAGAAUGCCCUUUGCUGACUCCAAGACUUAAACCAAAUAGUGGGAAGGAGUGGCACAAGGUGGCUCGAAUCCCACACAUACAAAUUGAUCACCAAAUACUCUAUUUAGGGAACCAGUGCCAAAGCUAGGCACUCAGGUUAGAGGACUAAAACACUAUGUACAGCCUACAUGUUAUGCACUCUGAUGAACAUUUAUUUUCAGGAUUUUUAUUAAACCAAGAGAAGGCACUACUUUAAAGCUUAUUUUCUUUACAGAACUCUGUGGAAAAAUGUUUUCUUAAUUUUCAGUGGGAUAACUGCAAUCUUGUUCAAGACUCAUAAUUAUAAGCAAAUGAUCAAACUUCAACAAUGUUAUUUGAAUAAAUUUUUUCCUUGUCCA